AUGGGAAACGUAUUUGCUAAUUUGUUCAAAGGUUUAUUUGGAAAAAAGGAGAUGAGAAUAUUGAUGGUCGGUCUCGAUGCUGCUGGAAAAACUACAAUUUUAUACAAGCUUAAAUUAGGCGAAAUUGUUACAACAAUUCCAACUAUUGGCUUCAACGUUGAAACUGUAGAAUACAAAAAUAUUUCAUUCACUGUUUGGGAUGUCGGUGGUCAAGACAAAAUCCGCCCAUUAUGGAGACAUUAUUUCCAAAAUACGCAAGGGCUUAUCUUCGUGGUUGACAGCAAUGAUCGUGAGCGUGUUGGUGAAGCUCGUGAAGAAUUGAUGAGGAUGUUGGCAGAAGAUGAAUUAAGAGACGCAGUUCUUCUAAUUUUCGCUAAUAAGCAGGAUUUGCCGAAUGCUAUGAAUGCAGCCGAAAUCACAGAUAAAUUAGGUCUUCAUUCGUUACGAAACCGAAGCUGGUAUAUUCAAGCAACAUGUGCUACAAGUGGAGAUGGUCUGUAUGAAGGCUUGGAUUGGCUCUCAAAUCAACUGAAGAAUGCUAAUCGUUAAGUGAAGUAAUCCGAAUGAGAGAUAAAUGAAGAUAAAGAAAAGUAUUGAUCUACC